UAGCCAUGAUUAUUGCAUUAUGAUAUCAUCAUUAUUGACAAAAUUCAUCAUCAUCAUCAUCUGAUUUUCGAUAAUUCUCUGUUCGUUUUUUUUUCUUCUAUUCAUUUCGGAAAUUCGGUGGAGAGAAUUUAAAGAUUGUUUUUUAUUCAACAAAAAUUCCCCAAAAAUGGCUUUCAAAUGGUCUUUGUUUUUGUUCCUAUCCACGACCAUUUUAUUUAUGAUCAUUAUUGUCAAUCAACAUUCAGUUUUUGGUCAAUCAACUACCACCACCAAAACAACAACAACAAUUUCCAUAAUAAAUCAACAGCCACAAUCAUUAGAUAAAUUAUCAUCUAACAGUUAUACAUUAUCAUCAAUGGAUGAUGUUGAAAUGUUAACCUAUUUUCUUCUUUAUAGAUAUGGUUAUUUUAAUCAUACUUCUGAUCAUCAUCAUCAUCAUCAUGGUAAAGAUGAUAAUCAAAAUGAUGAAGAUAUUUUAACUGAAUCAAAAUUACGUGAAUUUAUUGAAAAAAUUAAAAUUAAUCAAUUAGUACCGAAUAAACGUUAUGAACAAUCAUCAUCAUCAUCGACAUUAACAUCGGCGGCUAUUGAUCCGAAAACCAAAAUGUGUUCGAAAUUUAUGUUGGAAAAUUUAUUAAAAUCAAAACGAUGGGGGCCAUCUAACGGCAGUAGCAUCAAUAGUAAUAAUGGUGUUUCAUUAAUAAAUUCAAAAAUAAAUCUUAUCUGUGAAGCAGCAAAUAGUUGUAAAAAUGCUAAAAAUCUUGUCGAUCUAGUCGGUUUGAAUUCAAUACGAACACCAACAUUAAGUCAAUCAAUUGCACGUCUUUGUCCAUUAAUGCUGUUUCAAAUGCAAGAAAAAGAAUGUGUCGAUCAACAGGAAAGUCAAUUUAAAGCUAAAAAUAAACCAACAAUGAGUUCUGUUUGGGGAUUUGGUUUAUUAUUCGUAACGAUUGUUAGUUUUUGUUCAAUUGCCGGUGUUGGAAUAUUACCAUUUUUGAAUGAAUAUUCAUAUCAAAUAAUGAUUACAAUAUUGGAAGGAUUAGCUGUUGGUAGUUUAGUUGGUUCGGCAUUAUUUCAUUUAAUACCACAAGCAUUUAAUUUAAUGAUACCGGGUAAUCAUGAAUAUUUAUGGCGUGCUUUAAUCAUAUUCGGUGGUAUUUAUAUGUUUUUCUGGUCUGAACGUUUAAUGAAAAUUGUUUCAGAAUUUCGUCGACGAAAAAAAUCAAAAGAUUUUUCAUUACCAUCAACAACAAGUUUGGAAAAUGAUCCACAAAAAUUAAGACAAGUUCAUUAUAAUAAUCAAAUUCAUUGUGAUGAUCAACAACAAUGUGGUGGUGAUGAACAACAAAAUCAUCAUCAUCAAAAAUCGAUGGUAACUAUUGUUAAUAAUCAUCAUCCUCAUCAUUAUAAUCAUCAUCAUGGUAGCAAUAAUCAUAUUCAUGAUAAUAAUGAUGAUGAUGAUGGUUGCCGUGAUCGUACCAAUUCAAAAAUGUUAUCAAUGAAACAUGAUCAUAAUAUUGCUAAUCAUCAUCAUUCACAUUUACAUCCAAUCGGUGGUAAUGAAACUGAUGAAAUUGCUACAAUUGCAUGGAUGAUUAUAUUUGGUGAUGGUCUUCAUAAUUUUAUCGAUGGUGUUACAAUGGGUGCUGCAUUUUCACAAAGUAUUCUGGAAGGUAUAAGCAUAUCGGUUGCUGUUAUUUGUGAAGAAUUUCCACAUGAAUUGGGUGAUUUUGCUAUACUAUUGGGUUCAGGAAUGUCAAUGCGUAAGGCGCUUGGUUAUAAUUUUCUUUCAGCUUGUACAUGUUAUUUAGGUUUUGCUUUUGGUAUAUUAAUUGGUGAUUUAUCUGAUGCAACACCAUAUGUAUUUGCAUUAGCUGCCGGUAUGUUCUUGUAUAUAUCAUUAGUGGAUAUGAUGGGUGAAUUAUCAAAUAAAUUGGAACAAGCUGGUAAACGUGGCCUUUCACAUACAUUACAAAUGUUAUUAUUACAAAAUUUAGGCAUUAUAAUUGGUGUUAGCAUUAUGUUUAUAUUGGCUAAAUAUAGUGAUCGUAUCAAUUUUGAAGGAUUGGUACCACCGAAAAAUUCCGAUAUACCAUUUACGGAAUCAUAGUAGAUUCGGUGGAA